AUGAGAGCAGAGCUUCCCAAGGGUUUUAAACCCCCUACGUUCGAGGCUUAUGAUGGCAAGGGCGAUCCCAACGACCACAUCAGUUACUUCAAUGCUAUGAUGACAGUCUAUAGUGGGUCCGAUGUAGUAUCCUGCCGAUCUUUCCCCACCUCUCUCAAGGGGCCCACGGCGUUGUGGUUCGCCAAAUUGAAGCCUAACUCGAUCCGAAGCUUCACAGAGUUGGCCAAAGCCUUUGUCAACCGCUUCCAGAGCAAUGUAAAGCAGAAGAAGACCGUAGCCAACUUGUUGGCUGUGAAGCAGCGCUCUGAUGAGUCCAUCAGAGAUUAUAUCACCCGCUUCAAUGCGGAGAGCCUAGAGAUCAAGGACCUGGGCGACACAAUGGCCUUCAACGCCUUGCACAAUGGGGUCACCAACCACGACUUGGUGAAAUCGUUCACGCUGGACCCAGUAACGACCAUGCCGCAGCUACUGGACCGCUACUACCAAUAUGCUAACAUGUUCAAUAUCAUGAAGGCAAGAAAAGCAGUGGACGACAAGGUCCCUGAGAAAAAGAGGGCAAGCGAGAAGGAUGAGAAGAGUAAGGACACCAAGAGAGCAAGGUCAGACAAAGACCAAAGCCCUGACUACACCCUGCUCAACACCACCAGGACCAAAAUCCUGAUGGAAGUAUCUAAUCGAGGGCUGCUGCAACGACCCCGACCAAUGUUCUCAAAGCCGGAGGAUCGGAACCUGAAUAAGUUUUGCGAGUUCCAACAAGAUGUAGGCCAUGACACGAAAGACUGCAGACAGCUGAAGAGGGAAAUAGAGGACGUGAUCCAGAAUGGCCACCUGAGGCGUUACGCCAAGAAGGAGGCAAAAGAUAACCCCCAAGGCCGAGAAGUCCCAAGGAAUGACUGGCGAAGAGAUGAUAGAGCCUGGAGGGGGGAGACCGGGAUCGCCAAGGCGACCAACUUGGUGAUCAUCGAGAAGUCAGGAGAAAUCAAGACUAGGCCAACACGUCCACAGCCCCGACAAUCCUCACCAUCUUGGGAGGACCAGGGCAAGAGUCAACCCGCAAAGCUAAGGCGAAGGAGAGAUUUGUAG